GUGGCACAGUUCAACUGGAUUACGGUGCACUCCAUGAUGCUACCAACGACAGCCUGGCUAUUGAUGGCACUGCUGGCGCUGCGGGCGGGCCUGGUGCUGGCUGACGAGCAGCUGGAGCUGGCGGAUUAUGCAACAGCUGGCAGCGAGGACAUCUAUUUGCAGCCCAACAGCGGACAGUGGGAGGAGUACAAGGAAUAUCCCGACGAUGAGGAGGACGAGCAGGCGGAGGAGGACUCCGUGGAGGAGCAGCCACAGGGCGACAACAUCGAGGCCGUCGGCCUGGAUGAGAGCAACUGCGAGUAUAGCUGUCCGCGCUACUACCGCCCCGUCUGCGCCAGACGCAACGAUCACCAGCUGAUCACCUAUGCCACGCCCUGCGAGUACUUCAAUCAGCUGCGCUGCGCCAGCGUCGCCCGCAGCCAGGGCAAGGAGGCGCCCACCUAUGAGCUGUUGUAUCAGCAUGCCUGCAAAGAGAAUAGACGCUGACAGAGAACUAUGAAAGAGAAUUGUUUUUUU